ACAAGAGAGAUAGAAGUGUGGAAGUGUGGACCUAUUUUCUGCCCAUAUCCGAGUGUCUUCAUUUCUGCUUUGAAAUUCACCGCCACCGCAACACCCUUUCUACUCCUUUCAAUCCCAAAAUCAAACGGUUUUUGAAGAGGAAGACUUGUCAAGAAUUUUUGUUUUUGUGAUUAUAUUGAAAUGGGUUUCCCGGGGAUGAUGUUGCAAAUACGCUUCGAAUACUUGUUGCAACGGAUUGUCAUCUAGGGUUUAUGGAGAUGGAUGAGAUACGGCGGCAUGAUUCUUUCCAGGCUUUCGAAGAGACAUGCUCCAUAGCUGAGCAGAAGAAGGUGGACUUCUUACUCCUUGGCGGUGAUCUGUUUCAUGAGAAUAAGCCCUCAAGGUCGACAUUAGUUAAGGCCAUUGAGAUUCUUCGCCGUCAUUGCCUCAAUGAUCAACCAGUUCAGUUCCAAGUUGUUAGUGACCAGACUGUAAAUUUUGCAAACGUAUUUGGCCAUGUAAAUUAUGAAGAUCCACACUUCAAUGUUGGUUUGCCAGUGUUCAGUAUUCAUGGAAAUCAUGAUGAUCCCGCUGGAGUGGACAACUUAUCUGCAGUAGAUAUCCUUUCAGCAUGCAAUCUAGUGAACUAUUUUGGAAAAAUGGCACUUGAGGGUUCUGGAGUGGGUCAGAUCACACUUUACCCCAUCCUUGUCAGGAAGGGUUCAACAGCUGUGGCUCUUUAUGGUCUUGGGAACAUUCGGGAUGAACGGCUUAAUAGAAUGUUUCAGACACCACAUGCUGUGCAGUGGAUGAGACCUGAAGCCCAAGAAGGCUGUCCAGUGUCAGACUGGUUCAACAUGCUGGUACUUCAUCAGAACAGAGUGAAAACAAACCCAAAAAAUGCUAUAAAUGAACAUUUUCUACCAAGGUUCCUGGACUUUAUAGUGUGGGGUCAUGAACAUGAAUGCCUUGUUGAUCCACAGGAAGUUCCAGGGAUGGGUUUUCACAUAACGCAACCAGGUUCAUCAGUUGCAACAUCACUGAUUGAUGGAGAAUCAAAGCCGAAGCAUGUGCUGCUUCUAGAAAUUAAGGGAAAUCAAUAUCGCCCAACCAAGAUACCUUUGACUUCCGUGAGGCCUUUUGAAUAUAAAGAGAUUGUAUUAAAGGAUGAAUCUGACAUUGAUCCCAAUGAUCAGAAUUCAAUUCUUGAACAUUUAGACAAAGUGGUCAGAAAUCUGAUAGAGAAAUCUAGCAAAAAGGCUGUUAGCAGAUCAGAGCUCAAGCUUCCCUUAGUUCGGAUUAAGGUAGAUUACUCUGGAUUCAUGACAAUAAAUCCUCAAAGAUUUGGACAGAAGUAUGUGGGAAAGGUUGCAAAUCCUCAAGACAUACUUAUUUUCUCGAAGGCUUCUAAGAAGGGGCGGAAUGAAGCUAAAUUCGAUGAUACUGAACGCCUUCGCCCAGAAGAAUUAAAUCAACAAAACAUAGAGGCUUUAGUUGCUGAAAAUAAUCUGAAAAUGGAGAUUCUUCCGGUCAAUGAUUUGGAUGUUGCAUUGCACAAUUUUGUUAGUAAAGAUGAUAAGAUGGCAUUCUAUGCUUGCGUGCAAUAUAAUCUUCAAGAAACGCGUAGCAAAAUUGCAAAAGAUUCAGAUACCAUGAAGUUUGAAGAUGAAGAUCUAAUUCUUAAAGUUGGAGAAUGCUUGGAGGAACGCGUCAAGGAAAGGUCUGUACACUCCACUGAUGCUGCACAAUUCACAUCCGGUGCACAGUCCAUGGAGGAUUUCAGAAGUACAAGUGCUGGAGUUGGAAGUGCUGUUUCAUUUAGUGAUGAGGAAGAUGCAGCACAGAUAUCUGGCUCCACAUCCACCACUAGAGGCCGAAAAGGGUCAAGAGUAGGUUCUAGGUCUUCACAUGAUGUGUCAGAAACUGGUAAAGGCAAAACUUCUGCAAGAGGAAGGGGAAGGGGUAGGGGUAGGGGUAGGGGAAGAGGCUCAAGUAACUUAAAGCAGACGACUCUUGAUGCAACUCUAGGGUUUCGCCAGUCUCAGAGGUCUGCAUCAGUUUCUGCAACAGCAGCAGGUAGAAGUAUUGCUGUUGAGGAUGAAAAUGUUGAUUCGGCUUCAAGUGAAGAUUCAAAAAAACUUGGAAUGAAUGAGGUUGCUGAUAGCUCGAACGAUGAUGAGAGCAUCCAAGGCAAAGGACGCAAAAGAGCUGCUGCAAGGGGAAGAGGAAGAGGUGCUACACCAUCAAAGCGGGGAAGAAAAUCUGAAAAUUCUGCCCUUCAAAGGAUGCUCAUGAACAAGGAUGACGAUGAAGAUGAUGAUGAUGAUGACGUGACAAAGAGAUUAAAUAAGUCUCAACCUCGGGUGACAAGGAAUUAUGGUGCUUUAAGAAGGUAAGAGCAGCUGAGGUCUCGCACUCCUAUCCUAGAUACUGGUGGAGCAGAUGGUUUGCUAUGAUCACGCCAACCCAUUCUGGUGUGGAUCCUUGUUUGAAGAAUUGCUGAUGACCCAUGUGCUCUGUAAUGGAAAUGAAGAGAAAAAACUAAUCCGGCAGUAUUUUCUAACACCGGCAAACCACAGAACUAAUAAUGCUGAUGCGUACUAGAGUGCUAGUUGCCGUAUGCUUGCCUUUUUCCAGAUAAGUGGAUACCUGCCGUAGUUUUGUACAAAUUUGAGCUUGUAUAGAACAUGACUAAGAUGAAGCAGCUUUGAGAUCUUUUUUUUACAUGAUCAAGUGGGGUCUUGUUCCUCUUACCCA